GUACGUAAACAGCAGUGGUAAAUUGCCCUUAGACUGCUAUAUAUUUGCAGAACUGGUUCUUUUAAAAGCUGAGGGAGCUCUGAAGGUAUCUGCAGUAAAAGAUGGAAAAGUAUUCUAUUCUAGUUGGCCUGCUAAUAGCCAGCAGCUUUUCCUUCAUUAAAGGAUGCAGGGAUGGACUUCUGGAGAACAUAGAUUUUCCUGGGACAGACAUAACCUUCCUUUACUCUCCUUCUGUUGAGCACUGUCAGAGGCUGUGCACAGAGCACCACUCAUGCCUCUUCUUCACUUUUAUCCGACCCGACUGGACCAGAGACAACAGGCACUUUUACUGCUACCUUAAAACCCCGUCUGGAGAUCCAGCAACCCAAAUUCCUCUUCUGGGCGUCACCUCUGGAUUUUCUCUAAAGAACUGCAUUUUUCCAGCAAGGCCUUGUUUUUCUCAGGUGUUCCAAAAUGUGGACUUUCUUGGGGCAGACUACAGAGCCUUGUUCACGCCUGAUUAUCAGGAGUGUCAGAGAGUCUGCACAAAGGACCCUGGCUGUCAGUUCUUUACUUUUCUAAGCGAGGAUUUCCCCGACCAGGAUUACAGGUACAAGUGUCACCUUAAAUUCAGCUGGAACAUCCCAAGGACUCCUAUCGUAGAAAAAAAGACUGGAGUAACAUCUGGAUUUGCCCAAAAAACUCAACAGACUCAAGAAUUCCCCACAACAUGUCAGCAACAGCUCUUUCCAAACACUGAUAUCCCAGGAAGCGACCUUGAGGAGCUGAAGUCUGUUUCUCCUGAACACUGUCAAGUCCUGUGUUCUGCUAACCCACAGUGCACCUACUUCUCUUUCAGCAGUGACGACUUUAGUUGUUAUUUAAAGAAUAAUCAAAGCGGCUUGACAGCUAAACCAAAAAAAGGAACCACAUCAGGAAUACCUGCACGCUUCUGUCAGCUUGAUGAUAACUGGGUCAAGCAGCUUUACCAAGGUGUUGAUUUCCAGGGCUCUGACAUUGAAAAAGAGUUGAUGGAUGAUGCAGAGCUCUGUCAGAGGAAAUGUGAUGAAGACACCAACUGUCAGUUCUUCACCUACGUAGAUCAAACCUUCUCUGACAGUGAAUAUUGGCGGCGCUGCUAUCUCAAGAGAGUCAUCACCAUGCCAGCGCCUCCUAGAGUCAACAAAUUGGACAAAGUUGUGUCUGGCUUCAACCUGAGGGAUUGCCAAAGAGUAUUUGUUUGAAAAAUACAAAAGGUUUGAAAAUAAACUUAUGUUUGACAAAGAAAAA